ACUUAGUGCCCUUCGACUGCAGACCACGGUUUCCACCCGGAUAUAUUUUGGAGGCGCACACCUUACAAUGGCAACAUGUUCGACCAGUAGCGUAGCUGAUGAAGAACUAAAUGACCCAGGAGCCGCUCCAUACGGCAACUUCAUAAACUAUUACACCUUCAACCCUCCGGAAAACCGCCUGAGCCUGAUCCCCUCAACAUUACUCCAGGAUUUAGGCCACAGCGGCGGCCAUCAGACCACCCUGCUCCUGGACGUCGGGUGUAAUUCAGGGGAACUGAGUGUAGCCUUCUACAAGCAUCUGGUUCCGGAGCCUGUGAGCCAAGAGGAGUCGGAUUCGAGGAGAGUUCAUCUGCUGGGCUUUGACCUGGAUGAGAUCCUCAUUCAGAGGGCUCAGCAGAACAACCCUCUGCCCAGCAACAUCUCCUUCAUCUCCCUGGACGUCACUAAAGGCGCGGAUCGGCUCCAGGAUUACCUCAACCAGCACGGCUGCUCCCACUUCCACCUGUGUCUGUGCCUGGCGGUCACCAUGUGGGUCCACCUGAACCACGGAGAUGCCGGCCUGCUACAGAUGCUCUCUCAACUGGCCUCCAUCAGCCAGCACCUCCUGCUGGAGGCGCAGCCCUGGAAGUGCUACCGCUCUGCAGCCCGGCGGCUGAGGAAGCUGGGCCGCUCAGACUUUGACCACUUCAAGACCCUGAAGGUCCGGGGGGACGUUGCCGAGCACGCCAGGGAGCACCUGGAGAGAAACUGUGGCAUGGAGCUCAUCCAGAGCUUCGGCAGCACUACAUGGGACCGCAAGCUGCUCCUUUUCAGAAGGAGAGGAGACUGAGGGAGGGAUGCCGAGAGAGAGCAUCUGCUGCUGCUGCGGACUCACGAUCAGGAAGACCAAAGAAUCAACAUGGGAAGGGGAGAAAAGAGACAAGGUUUUCUCUUGUUUUUUUUUUUAGAUCAACAUUCA